AUGGAAAUUGUAAGUUCCCAAUACACAGAUAUCACUCAGAAAUUUCUAUCCAAAGUACACAUUAAACUUGUUGCGAUCAAAAGAGAAUAACCAAAUUAAUUUCUACUUACAGCUAAACUUGCCAAGGAGAAAGUAGAUACAGCCAAUGAGAGACUCCAGGAAUUCCAUACUACAUCUCAAUCGACUGGGCUAUUUAAUGACUAAGAUUACAAAUUGAACACAAUUCUCUCCUAAGUUAAGGAUGACAUUGGUUAAAUACAUAUCCAUAUAAAUCAACUGAAAACCCAAUUGAAUAAUGAUCUCCAUUAAUCAAUCUUUGAUUUUGUUCAGCAAAAAGCCUUAAAAACAUCUGAUUCCUUCAAAAAGUUGGUGCAGAGCCAUACCUAAAGGAUUAAAUAAUAGGAAGAGAAAAGGAAUCGAUUGAAUGGAGAAAGGGAUAGAGUAAUCAAGAGAGUUGGGUUUAAUCAAAAAUACUAAAAAUUGAAUGAGACUGAAGAGGAGGCCAAUCAUUAAACGAUCUAAAUGUUCGAAUAAAAGUAGAAUGAGGAGAAAUUGGUUUCCAUGCAGAAAAUCGAAUCUAUGUUGAAUGAUAUUGCCGGAGUAUUCCAAAGAGUGGGAACCAUGGUGAGACUAUAAGAGACCAUGAUUGAGAGAAUUGACAAAUACACUGAUGAGGCUUAAUUGAAUGUUAGUAAAGGACGCAAAGAAUUAUAAGAAUCACAUAAACGAAUAAGUUCUAAUAGAGGGUUAAUAUUAAAGGUUUUCUUAAUUUUGUUUAUUUUUGCUUUUAUCUACAUUGUGUUUAUUUUGUGA